AUGUCUAGAUUAGAUAGAUUGGUUGUAUUACUUGAAACGGGAUCAACAUCAUUUAUACGUAAUACAGCUGCAGAUCAAUUAUCGGAUUUAGCAAAAUCUCAUCCAGAAGAUAUUUUAAAUUUAUUAGCAAGAGUUUAUCCAUUUUUAAAAUCAAAUAAAUGGGAAACAAGAAUUUCAGCAGCAAGAGCAUUUGGAGGAAUUGUAAAUAAUGCUCCAAACUGGGAUCCAAAUUCUGAAAAUAUAAUAAAACAAGAAGAUGAAGAAAAUGAUUUAAUUAAAAAGGAAAUAUCUAAUGAAACUAAUUAUGAAGAUUCUGUAUAUAUUAAAAAGGAACAAGAUGAAGAAAUACAAUUGAAAAUAGAACAAGAUGAAGAAUUAAAUCAAUUAAGUAAUAAAUUCACAAAUUUAUUAAAUUAUAAAGAAUUUGAUUUAAAUGAAUUAAUUAAAUCUGGAACAAAACUACUAUCUUCAAAAUCAGAUAAUACUUUAAAUAAUGAUGAUAUAAUUGAUUCUAGUUUAAUUGGAAGAAUUAAAAGGCAUAGAGCAAGCAUACUACCGAAAGAAAAAGAACAAACAGAAAUAGAUACGGAUUUAGUAUCAAAUACACCUACUCCACCAAUUAAAUCAGAACCACUUAUCAAACAAGAAGAUUCAAAUUUGGAUUCUCCUAAUUCUCCUGCAUCACCAAUGACACCAACUGAAAGACCACCUUUAGAUAAGCCAAUAUCAAGUGCAAGAUUAAAAGCAAUGCAAAAAAGAAGAGCUAAAGUAAAUGCAAAAUCAGGUGGUGGUAAAUUAAAAACAAUAGAUAUAUCACAAAGUUCAAUAUCAAGGCAAAUGAUGGAAAAUGGAGAAGCAAUGGAUAUAGAUUCAGAACAAAAUGGAGAAGAUUCUUCAAAAUUUGAUAUUACAUCUCAACAAGGUGGUGAAAAAUUAGUUGUUGAAUCAAAAGUUUCAGAAAUAUCACCAUUACUUUCUUUACAUAAUAAAGUAGCAGGAUUAAUUUGGCAAUUUCAAGGAGUUUAUGAAUUAUUAUUAGCAGAUUUAUUUGAUGAUAAUUGGGAAAUAAGACAUGGAGCAGCUUUAGGAUUAAGAGAACUAAUUCGAAAACAUGGUAAAGGAGCUGGAAGAAUAAUGAAAAAAUCAAAAAAGGAAAAUGAUUUAAAUAAUUCAUUAACUUUAGAAGAUUUAGCUGUUAGAUUAUGUAUAUUAUUUGUUUUGGAUAGAUUUGGUGAUUAUGUUUCAGAUACUGUUGUUGCUCCUGUAAGAGAAUCAAGUGCUCAAACUUUAGCUGCAUUAUUAAUUCAUUUAAAUGAUGAAACUGUUAUAAAUACUUUUAAUUGUUUAAACACUAUGACUUUACAACAAGAUAUAAUUUCUAAAUGUUGGGAAGCAAAACAUGGUGGAAUGUUAGGAGUAAGAUAUUUAGUAAGUGUACGAACUGAUAUAUUAUUAGAACAUCCUGAAAUGUUUGAUCAAGUUAUUAAUAUGGUUUUAUAUGGAUUACAAGAAAGUGAUGAUGAUGUUCAAUCAGUAGCUGCAUUAACUUUAACUCCAAUUGCAUCACAAGUUGUUGCUACUAGACAAUCAAUUAUAAAAUCAUUACUUCCUGUUAUAUGGGAUUGUUUAGUAAAUUUAAGAGAUGAUUUAUCUGCAUCGAUAGGAUCAGUAAUGGAUUUAUUAGCCAGAUUAUGUAGUCACAAAGAAGUUAUUGAAAUCAUUCAACAAGAUGCUAAUCAAGAUGAAUUAAAUUCUUUUAAAAAUUUAGUUCCAAGAUUAUAUCCAUUUUUAAGACAUUCGAUAACAAAUGUAAGAAAAGCAGUAUUAAGAACAAUAUUAGAAUUUUUAUCCAUUGAUGAUUUAGCAACUAAAACAUGGAUUGAUUCAAAAACUGUUAGAUUAUUAUUUCAAAAUUUAUUAGUUGAACAAAAUCCAGAUGUUUUAAAAUUGUCACAAACUGUAUAUGAUAAAUUAUUACAAGAAAUUUCAAAAAAUAAUUUAGAUAUUGAUGAAUUAUUUCUUAAUCAAGCAUCGGAUCUUUUAACUUUAACAAUGACACCAAUUGGUAUAUCAAGACAUCAUUAUCAUAUGAAUACAUCUUUAAUUAUGCGACCUUCAGGUCAAGUCAUUGGUUCAUUAGAAGAUGAAGAAAAACGAGGUAAAAAGAGAAAUAAACAACAACAACAAGCGGAAGAAACUUUAGAUAUUCCAAUAGAAGAUUUGAAAAUCAAUAUUGAUGCUCCAGUAUACAAGGGAGAUGUUAUGCUUGUUGGUUAUGAAAGAAUGAUAGCCAUGAGAUGCGCAGCAUCAAGUGCAUUUGGCAAAUCAUUAGCAUUAGUUAAAAAUCAUGAAAAUUUGAUUUCAAUAUUUUCAAAUGUUAAAACAUAUUUAAAUUCACCACAUGCUACUGCAAGAUUAUUAAGUGCUUUCAUAAUUGAAGAUUUUGCAAUUGGUGUAAAAGAUCAAGAAAAUUCUCCCGAUGAAAAAGUUAUUUCACUUUUAUCUACACCAUUAAUGGAUGUAUUACAAGAUCCUUCAACAUUACCACCAUUUAGAGAAUUAGGUCCAAUUUUAAAAUCUGUAAGAACAUCAUGUUUACAAUUAUUUGAUUGUUUUGUCUCAACAGCUAGAUUAUCUCCAUCAAAAUUACCACAAAUUCCAGUAGUAGUACAAGGUGAAAUUGAUGCUGGUCCAAAUGCUUUUAAUAUAGAAAAUGCUGAAACAAUUUGUAAUGAAAAUUUUGAAAAAUUGAAGAAAAAUUUAUCAACUGCUAAUAGAUUAUCUGCUAAUCAAGCCUUAGAAGAUGCAAAACAUAGAAUAAGCGUUGCCAUUCAAGAAUCAAAAUUUAUUUCAGAAUCUAAAGUAGUUGGAAUAUUAGCUGCUUAUGCUGGAGCUAUUCUUGCAUUAUCAGGUAUUCCUAAAAAGUUGAACCCCAUAAUAAAAUCAUUAAUGGAAAGUGUUAAACUGGAAGAAUCGUUAGUAUUACAAAAAAAAUCAGUUUUUUCAUUAGCAAGUUUAAUUCAACAAUUAAAUUCCAAUAGUAAAAAAAAUGUAGCUGAUAAAAUUAUUAAAAAUUUAUGUGCAUUUCUAUGUGUUGAUACUGCUGAAGUACCUGAAUUUCAUCAUAAUGUUGGUUUUAAAAUUAAUAUUUUAUCAUUGAAAAAAGAAGAAGCUAAAAGUGAUCCUUUAGAUAUUGCUGCUCAUGAAAAAGCAGUUCAUGAAGCUAAAAUUAAAAGACAGGGUGCAUUAAUGACACUUGAACAAAUUAUUAAAAUAUAUAAAGAAAAAAUAUUUAUUGAAGUUCCAAAAUUAAAAGAAUUGAUGAUUGGGCCAUUAACUGAAUUAGCAACUUUAUCAGAGGAAGAUAUUAUCAAGGAUGAAUUUAAAGGUCAAAGUAUAAUUGAUGCUUUAGGUAUAUUAAAAGCAUUGUUACCAAAACUUGACCCAUCAUUAUACUUUGAAAUAACGGAUCAUUUGGAUUUAUUAUUAUCUGGAUUAAAAUCAGAAUAUUCUGUAUUCAGAUAUUCAACAGCUAAAUGUUUUGCUACAAUAUGUUCAGUUGCUCCAACUAAAUCUUUCACUUUUUUAGUAAAUUCUAUUUUACCAAUGUUAAAGAAUGCUGGUAGUGUUGUUGAAAGACAAGGUGCAAUUGAAACAAUUUAUCAUAUUUCAGCAACUAUGGGUGCUAAUAUUUUACCAUAUGUCAUGUUUUUAAUUGUUCCUGUAUUAGGUAGAAUGAGUGAUUCAGAUCAUGAUGUUAGAGUAUUAGCUACAACAACAUUUGCAUCAAUAAUUAAAUUAGUUCCAUUAGAAGCAGGUAUACCUGAUCCUGAAGAUAUGCCAAAAGAAUUAUUAGAAGGUAGAGAAAGAGAAAGAGAUUUUAUACUGCAAAUGAUGGAUCCAACUAAAAUAAAACCAUUUGAUUUACCAGUCACCAUAAAAGCAACGUUACGUAAGUAUCAACAAGAAGGUGUAAAUUGGUUACAUUUUUUAAAUCAAUAUCAUUUACAUGGAAUUCUUUGUGAUGAUAUGGGUUUGGGUAAAACUUUACAAACUAUUUGUAUUAUUUCAUCUGAUCAUUAUAUGAGAUCUGAAAAAUUUAAAGAAACUCAAGCUAUUGAAUAUAGAAGAUUACCUUCUUUAGUUAUUUGUCCACCAUCAUUGACUGGUCAUUGGGAACAAGAAAUUAAUCAAUAUGCUCCAUUUAUGAAAGUUUUAGUAUAUGCUGGUAAUCCUAGUAUAAGAGUACCUUUGAGAGGUCAAGUGUCAGAAGUUGAUGUAGUAGUGACAUCAUAUGAUGUUGCUCGUAAUGAUGUUGAAUUUUUAUCAUCUCAAGAUUAUAAUUAUUGUGUUUUAGAUGAAGGUCAUAUUAUUAAAAAUGCAAACUCAAAAUUAUCAAAAUCAGUUAAAAAAAUUAGAGCUGAACAUAGAUUAAUUUUAUCUGGAACUCCUAUUCAAAAUAAUGUUCUAGAAUUAUGGUCAUUAUUUGAUUUUUUAAUGCCUGGAUUUUUAGGAACUGAAAAAGUAUUUCAUGAAAAAUUUGCUAAACCAAUUGCUGCUAGUAGAAAUAGUAAAACAUCAUCAAAAGAACAAGAAGCUGGCGCUUUGGCUUUAGAAUCAUUGCAUAAACAAGUAUUACCUUUCAUGUUAAGAAGAUUGAAAGAAGAUGUAUUAUCUGAUUUACCACCAAAAAUUAUUCAAGAUUAUUAUUGUGAAUUGAGUGAUAUACAAAAGCAAUUAUAUAAAGAUUUUGCAAAAUCUCAAAAAGCAAAUAUCAAAGAUGAAGUUUCAUCAACUGAAAAAGAAGGUAAAACUCAUGUUUUCCAAGCUUUGCAAUAUAUGAGGAAAUUAUGUAAUCAUCCUGCUUUGAUUGUAACUCCUGAUCAUCCAAAAUUUACUGAAAUUAAUCAAACAUUAGCAUUAAAAAAGUCUAAUAUAAGAGACAUUGAACAUUCACCAAAAUUAUUAUCAUUAAAGACUUUAUUACUUGAAUGUGGAAUUGGUUCACAAGAUUCUGAUUAUAAUAAACUUAAAAAGAAUUCUUCAAAAUCUCAAAUUAUGCCACUUGAAGGUGUGAUAUCAGAACAUAGAGCAUUAAUCUUUUGUCAAUUGAAAGAUAUGUUGGAUAUUGUUGAAAAUGAUUUAUUAAAAAAAUAUUUACCAUCAGUAACAUAUAUGAGAUUAGAUGGUUCAACUGAUCCAAGAAAUAGACAAGCAAUUGUUAGAAAAUUUAAUGAAGAUCCUUCAAUUGAUGUAUUAUUAUUGACAACAAAAGUUGGAGGAUUAGGAUUAAACUUAACUGGUGCCGAUACUGUAAUAUUUGUUGAACAUGAUUGGAAUCCUAUGAAUGAUUUACAAGCUAUGGAUAGAGCUCAUAGAUUAGGUCAAAAGAAAGUUGUUAAUGUUUAUCGAUUAAUUACAAAAGAUACAUUAGAAGAAAAAAUUAUGGGAUUACAAAAAUUCAAAAUGAAUAUUGCUUCAACAAUUGUAAAUCAACAAAAUCAAGGUUUACAAUCCAUGGACACAAAUCAAUUAUUAGAUUUAUUUGAUGUUGAUGAGAGUGCAAAAGUUGAAGAAACAAAUGCAGAUGAUGAAAGAAAUGAUAGAGUAAAUGGUACUAAUGGAAAUGGUACAUCAGGUAAUAUGCCAGAAGAUUUAGCAGGUGGAUUAACAGGUAAAGCAGCUGGAGCUGUUGGAGAAUUAGGUGAAUUAUGGGAUGAACAACAAUAUGAAGAAGAAUAUAAUCUUGAUAAUUUUAUUAAAACACUUAAAUAA